UUUGGCCGGAAAACCCCAGAAGCCAAUUCCCAAAUGGCGUGCCACCGCCCAUCGCUCCUCCUCCGCCGCCGGCGCAGCAUCCCCACCCCUUCCUCCCUCCUCGUCCUCCUCCGCCACCGCCCCUUCGCCUCCUCUCCCUCCCCGCCCUCGCCCCCCACGCCGGCCUCCUCUAAGCCCCCCGCCCUCUCCGCCCGCCUCGCCUUCGUCUUCGAUCAGCUCGACGCCAUCGACCGCUCCCGCUCCUCCGACAUCUCGGCCCGCGACGCCGCCCUCCGCCGCAUCCAGUCCUGGCGCCGCCCCGCGCCGCCCCCGGAGGCAUCGCCGCUGGAGGCAGAGCCAGGGCCGGGGCCUGGGCCGGAGCCGGACGAACCGAAGAAGGAAGCUGAGGCCUCGGCGGCGGCGGCGGCGGCUGAUGAGGUGGGGAGGAUGAGCAUGGAGGAGGUGCUGCGGAGGGAGGUGGAGCUGGUGCACCCCUGGCCCGAGUGGAUCGAACUGAUGGAGCGGCUGGCUCAGCAGAGGUACUUCGACCUCGGGCGGGCCGGUGACGAGGCCUCGAUGGCCGCUGCUGUGCCCAUGGACCUCUCAGAGGUCAGUGAGGAGGCCGGGUUCGACUUCUCCAGGGACUGGACCACUGUUAAGAACGCCUGCAUGAACUUUGGCCGCGACCGGUUCGACAUCCUCAAGUCCUUGCCAAGGAAGGAUCUUCAGAUAUUGGUUGGCCAUGGGUGCCCCAGCAUGGAUGCAAAAGCGGUGUUUUCUGCAAAGCUUAUAAGAAAACUUGUCCAUCUUGAUGAGGGUGAUGUAUGUAGUUCUUGUAAUUUACGAAAUGCAUGUUCGAGGGGCUACAUCCUUACACGUAAAGAAGAUGAAGCUCGGACUCUUGAUGUUAUGCGUAUUUUAUUGAUAUAUGGUUUUGAUCACAUAAAGGAAACUGUAGAGAACAAACCUCUUCUCAAAUUAAAAUCUUUGAAGACUGUUGUCCGGAAAUUAAUACAUGAGAUUGUGAAGCUGAGCGCUGUUCCUAUUGAUCCUAAUCUUCCACCCCCUGUAAUAAAGAAACCUCCUCCUAAGGUGAAGCAACCACCUCCCCCACCAAAGAAGCGAGUCGGACGUGAUGAUGUAGAGAUGAAGAAAGGAGAUUGGCUCUGCCCUAAGUGUGACUUCAUGAACUUUGCAAAAAACAAUAUUUGCUUACAAUGUGAUGCUAAACGUCCCAAAAGGCAACUCCUCCCGGGAGAGUGGGAAUGUCCUCGGUGCAAUUUCUUGAACUAUAGGCGGAAUAUGUCGUGUUUCCAUUGUGAACAUGAUCGCCCUGCAGAUGAGUACUCCAAGAGCCAAAUGGAAGCAAAGCAAUCGGCACUGCAGAAAAGAUUGGAAAGACCACCACGCAAAUCUGAUGUUUCUAGUGCAUGGAACUUUGAUUUUGAUGAUAAUGAGUCAGAUGGUGCAGAUGUUGCUGCAUUUGAGUUUGCUGAUUCAUCUAAAGCGAGGGGGAGCUCAUCUGUGGACAACAUAUCCUAUAGAGAUUCUACUAGGGGCUCCGAGGAUGAGGAAUUCAGAAUGGCUGAAACAAUGGGCAAGGGAAGAGAUGAUAAGUUCUCAGAAAGAGAUAGCUUGCCAUCUUCUAGAGUUGGUUUUGAUGAUUUUGAUGAUGAAGAGGAUGACAUUGACAGCUAUGAACUUGACUUAUCAAAAGGAAGUCAGACAGGUGGAGUGUCAAGGAUGAGUUAUUCUGAUCUUGAGAAUGCUUCUGAUUCAGAAGGUUUGGAUGAACUUGAUAACGGUAGAAAGUCAAGAUAUGCAGCCAAAGAUGAUACAACAGUGUCUGCUGAUGAGGAUGAAUUUGAGGAUCAGCCUUCCCUGAGAUCGAGUCAUCUUGCUGAUUCUUGGCAUAAAACCAGAAGUCGGAGUGGUUCUAAUAGAUAUAGAAGGGCAUCUUUAGGAUCAGAGAGUGAUGAGGGGAUGAAUUCUGAUCUGGACGAGGACAUUGACAAAGGUCUAGGAAGUAGACGAAGCCAUAGUCAUGGAAAUCCUGACAGAGCUUCUGUUAGGCACAAUGCACUUGCCUACAGUGAUGAUGAACCAUUUGCUGAUGAUAUGGAUUCUGGUAUGGUUGAUCGGUUCCAAUCUAGGCGGACUAAGUCUUCCUCAAACAUCAGUGGUAACUUCCGUGGCAGGAGCCAUGACAUGAAUGAUAGACAGUCUAGAGGUGAUCGUUAUAAUAGAACAAAACGGAAUGAACAAUUUAACGGUUUUGAUAUGCAUCGUGGUGGGCCGGUCUCGGAUAGGGCUCGCAGGGUUAGAGGAAAUCAGCUAGAUAAUGGUUCAAGAGGUUCACAAAGAAAUGUAAGAGGAAACUGGGAUAGAAGAAGUGAUUUUAAUGGCAGGCACUCAGGUUUUUAAAUAGAACAUAUGAAUCACAUAAUGUGAGUAGCAAUACAAGUAUCAGAAGGGGGACCAGUGAGCAGCAAGUUCCUUUGGUUGAAAAAACUGAACGGGAAUUGGAUUUGGAGGUCCUGGCUGAUAUGGGUUCUUUAGGAAAGUUAAGACUUGCUAGUCAUUUCUCCAGUUUUGCUAACACUUGCAGCAUUAUAUCACAUGGCCAUAUAUGUCUGUUGAAAUCAUGUUGUUUCACUGAUUUUCUGAGCCAGCAAUAAAGUUCAGUUUGUCAUGUGAAAUAUACAAUAUGAUGACCCACUGUAUUUCAUUUUUGGGUUUUGAUUCAGUGGAAUUGGGGUUUAUGCUUUAGAGCAGUAUCUAAACGAUGGAUUCAUGUGUAUGCUUACAUCUGUUCAGUUUUUGAGUCUGGGUAUUGCAAUUUUGACAGGUCCAUCCACUUCAGGAUGGCUCCAAUUUGGUUCCA